AUGGUAGAGCAGUCAAAGAGCGAUAUGGGGUCUGAUGACAAGAUUGACUCUCUCAUCGCUAAUGCGUUGAAUCAGCUUUCAUUGGAUGAGCGGGAGACUGUGUAUCAUGAAAUGCAUGGAGUGGACGAAGUGAUCAAGGAGACGCCAAAAUUUGUCCAGUCCAGUUUGGAUCGAUUAGAGAUGGAAUUGGAGAGGAUCAAGCUCACGCAUCGUAGAGCCAUUGCUUACCGAAUGGCAGAGGAAAUGUCGCCAGACUUUGUCUCUAAUCAGACGUUGCGAAUGAAGUUUUUACGCUGUGAAAAGUUUGAUAUUCAAAAGACAAGUGAGCGCUUCCUGCGAUAUUUUGAUUGUAAACUGCAAUUCUUUGGACGAGAAAAGCUAUGCAAGGAUAUCACGUUGCAGGACUUGGAUAAGGACGAUAUAAAGGCAUUGAAAGCUGGAUACAUGCAAAUUCUUCCAAUCAGAGAUCGAGCUGGAAGAGCUGUCUGGAUUGCUCUUCCACAACAGCAAACCUUCAAGAUACCUAACAACAAAUACCGUGCCAUGUUUUAUCUUUGCGAGACAAUGGUGGAAGAUGUCGAAACGCAAAGGAAGGGUAUCACAUUCGUUAUUUACAAUGUGGGAGAGUUCGUAAAGGAAAAGUAUGACAGCAGCGGUACGGAACACACCAUUACGAUACAGAAUGGUUUACCGUUGAAGGCAUGUUCGGUGCAUUACUGUUUCAAUGACUCGGGCUUUCGAUCGGUGAUCAACCUUGCGUUGCGUUUUUUCCCUGAGAAUUUGAGAUCGAGGGUCAAGGUACACUUUGGAACGCAUCUAGAAUGUUCCUAUUCCUUAAUGACGUUUGGAUGCCCUGUACACUCGUUGCCCGUCUCGAUGGACGGAGAUUUGAAGAGGAAGGCACAUUUAGAAUUCAUCAAAAUGCGGUAUCAGCAAGAGAUGAGAGUAGGAUUGCCGAGGAUUGUCGUCCCAACUCAUGACGACGUAUUGUUUGGGAGAGGCAAACCAUACCGCCAACAUGUUGCCAACAUUAAGUUGCAUGCGAUGAUGGAAGUGGAACUCAAGCGCCAGCAUACCUCAGCGCUGACAGGCAAAAGACUUUCAAUCAUUGAGAAAAUAAUCGAAGCGAUUAGGAGCGGAGGCGGGCGCUUCCUUCAACAAGACAGCUUGGGUUGUUGGGUGGAAGUGGAUGAGAAAGCAGUGCAAGAAAAAGUCGGUCGUGCUUUUCGGACUCAUCUAAGGAACGCUGCCUCAGGAACCAAAACUAUAACACUUGCUUAG